UUUGACGUACACGGUCGUACCGAGGUAGACGUGUUUGUGUUCCUACAAAAUUUCGUAGUGCAAUAAUAAAGAAGAAAUAUAUGUCGUUGAAUUAAAAUCAUUGGAUGGUGUAAUGUAAACUUAGGUUACCAUUUAAAGAUACUGUAACAUUAUUGUAAAGUAUAUUCGUGUACAUCGUCUGAACAUAUAAAAUUCCACUGCGUAUUUUUAUUUCAAACAAAGGAUCAAAACAAAACAAAAAAUGUGGUCUCAUUUAGAACGUGGAAGUUCGCCAGUUGAUUGGUGUGAAUCGAACUAUUCUAUUUCACCUAUGAUAGCGGAGUUUGUUAAUACAGUGAGCAACAUUUUAUUUUUCUUAUUUCCGCCAGUAUUAAUUCAUCUCUUUCAAGAGUAUUCAAGAUUUUUCAAUCCAGGAAUAAAUGUAUUGUGGGUGCUGUUGAUGAUAGUUGGGCUGAGCUCAGCAUAUUUUCAUGCCACAUUGAGCUUAGUUGGUCAGCUUCUGGAUGAACUGGCAAUACUUUGGGUGUUUAUGGCUGCUUUUGCUAUGUUUUUUCCAAAAAGAUAUUUUCCAAAAUUUUUGGGAGGAAAUAGGAGGUUGUUAGCAUUGUACAGCAGUAUUCUUUCAGUAAUAUCUACCGCCUUCUUGGUGAUGCAUCCGGCUGCCAAUGCCUUCGCCCUUAUGACAUUGGCUUUUCCCGCGCUUGGAUUGAUGUACAAGGAGUUGAAUAAAGUGAAAUGUGCUCGAGUGUAUCGGCUUGGAUUACGCUGCGUUGCGAUCUCCUUGCUGGCGAUCUUCUCUUGGAUCAUGGACCGCAUGUUCUGUGACGCGUGGCUCUCCAUCGACUUCCCGUACAUGCACGGAGUCUGGCACGUCCUUAUCUUCAUCGCAAGCUACACAGCUCUGGUACUUUUCGCAUACUUCAACGUAUCAGAGGAGAGACCGGAACAAAAGCCGCAACUAAAGUACUGGCCACGAAACGACUUCGAAUUGGGCGUACCUUACAUCACGAUAAAACAUCCUUGUCGACGGGAUACAAACAUGGCAAUUUAGACUCAAUGUGCGCUAGCAUUGAUGCGGUAUUUGAAAGGCUGAUUGAUUUAACUUUGACCAAUAUUGUUUCAUGACAAAUCUUAUCAAAUAUUUUGUCAGAAACGUAAAAAUAUGCGUUUUAUUAUGUCGUGUUGGUCAUAGUUAUAAAAGAAAAUACAAAAAGACCUUAGUAAGACUAAGUUAAAUGAAUUGUGUAAGUCAGUGAUAUAUAUAUACUUAACUAUUAUUUGGUGUUUGUAUAAAUUAUUAUUUAGAGGUAACUAAUCUGUGAUGUCACAUGUAAAUUGUGUACUUUUUAUGACUGUAGUCGGUAUAUUGGAUAUUAUAUACUAAUAUAUUAGAAAUGUAGCGCUCAGAUAUUUAUAUAUUAUGUGGAUAUUAUUUUAUUUGAUGUUUUCUAUAAAAAAUUGUAAGUUGCUGAACGGAAUCAAUUUAUUGAAUCUCUUAGGCAGCCUUAUAGUUCAAAUUUAUUUUGCGAUUAUUAUUAUUUAAAUAUCAGCGAAUAUAAUACGUUCAAUAUUCUGUAAAAAAAAAUUAUAGUUAAGUUAGAAAUAUGUUUUAUCAUACUUCAGUUUUAUUUAUAUCGCUAUGAUCAGUACAACCUGGAGUAAGAUGCAAUAUUCACUUAUUAUAAGAAAUCGGCUUGUAAAGCAACUGCUUAGUUUUGUGAUAUUUUUAUACUAAAUGAAUUUAUACUUAUUUAAUCUAAUUUAGAUUCAUCUUCCUUUCUACAAAGCAUUGACCAUUUAAUAUUGUCUGUGGAAGAUAAUAGUUCAACAAAGAUUAGUAAUUAUAAAUUGAUGUGAUGUGCUACCCAUGAAAUAAAAUUUUCAUUUUCAAUUAAAGGAUACAAUUAACAUAGCCAGUACAAAAUAUGUAGAUCUUUUUAUUACAAAAUGAUCUUGAUAUUAAAAUAUGUGUGAAUUAGAUACUACUUAUAGUAAGUUGAAAGUAUUAAAUAAAUAUUUUGGAAUGUGUAA